GAGGAGGCCCAGCUGACACAGGAGAAGAUGGAGUCGCUGAGGAUGCGCUACCUCAUCGUGGGCCAGAGCAGCGCUGACACCGCUCACCGGCUGGGGCAGACCCUGGAGGCCUCGUCUCGCCUGGGCACGGCCCCUGAGGACCUGGCACUGUGGCUGAGCCGCAUGGAGAAGGAGCUGGGCGAGCAGGAGAGCCAGCAGGAUGGCCAGGAGCCCUCGGUCACUGCCAGUGACAGGGAGAAGUUUGAGCAGGUCCUGGAGUCCCAGCUCAGCCGCGUGGCCGGGCUGGGUGAGCGGCUGGAGGAGAUUGGCCGGGUGCAGCUGGAUGCUGAGGCUCUCCGCUCGCAGCUCUCCGAGCAGAAGCUGCUCUCUGCCGAGAUCCUGCACUGCCGGGGCCUCAUUGAGCGUCUGCUGGGCUUCUCGGAGCCACUGCUGCGCUGCUGCCCUGAGCCCCUGCGGCAGCGCCUUCAGCCGUUGGUGCAGGAGCUGCGGGAGCGCACGGAGCAGCUGUCCCUGCGCAGCGGCGCCUGUGCCGUGCAGCUGGAGCACGCCCAGUCCCUGCUCACCCAGUUCUCUGAGGCCCUCGAGGAGCUGCUGCCCUGGCUGGAGGAGACGCAGGCCCUGGGGGUGCAGCUCUCGCCCAACGCCAUCAGCUACGAGGCCUUCAAGGAGCAGCAGGCACUGCUGCAGAGCCUGCGGGAGGCCAUCGCCGAGCACCGGCCGCUGGUGGGGAAGCUGCAGCGUGUGUCGGCGCAGCUGCUGGACCUGAGCCCCGAGCAGGGAGCCCCGUUCCAGCGGCGCUGGCAGGAGCUGGAGGAGCAGUAUGGCCACAUCCGCGAGCGCGUGCGCCAGGCGGCGACUCUGCUGGAGGAUGCCCUGCCGCGAUACAGCCAGCUGUCAGAGCGCAUGGACCUGCUGCUGGAGUGCCUGGAGCGGCUGCAGAGCCGGCUGCAGAGCCAGCCCCCCAUCCGUGGCGAUGCGGCCCAUCUGAGGGAGCAGAUCCGGGAGAACAGCCUGGCCCUGGGCGAGCUGGAGAAGCUCGGGGUGGCCCUGGAGGGGAUCCGAGCACAGGGCGAGGAGCUGCUGGCCACCGUGCAGGCGGUCAGCUCCGACGCUGCGGACAGAGGGAUCCAGGAGCGCACCGAGCAGCUGCUGUCACUGUGGGGCUGCCUGCACGGCCGCUGCCAGGAGCGGGAGCGGUGGCUUCGGGAGCUGCUGGCACUGGCUGAGCGCUUCUGGCAUGGCCUGUCUGAGCUGGCUGUGGUGCUCAGUGACACCCAGCAGCUCGUGCUGGGCCUGGAGGAGGCUGGUGGUGAGCCCGAGGCCAUCCGCACGCGGCUGCGCACCAUGCAGGCUCUGCGGGAGGACAUUGACGCGCUGCAGGGCGAGCUGGACACGCUGGGCAGCCUGGGCGUGGAGCUGAUGGCAUCCUGUGGGGACCCUGACAAACCUGAUGUCACCAAGAGCCUGGACGAUCUCUACUCCUCCUGGCACAGCCUGAGCCGGGUGUGGACGGAGCGGAACGGGCGCCUCGAGGAGCAGCUCCAGGCCGCCCUCAGCUACCAGGACACCAUGCAGCGGCUGCUGGAGUGGCUGGACGCGGCCGAGCUGCGCAUCGCCGAGGAGUUCCUGGUGGGCGGCGACCUGGACAUGGUGCAGCAGCAGCUGGCCGAGCUCAAGGAGUUCAAGCGGGAGCUGUACCAGUGCAAGGUGGACGUGGAGAGCCUGCGGCACCAGGGGGCCACAGGGCAGGGGGACCCCCCGGCCACGCUCUGCGACUUCCGCCAGCGCUGGGACCACCUGGAGGAGGAGAUUGUCAGCAGACAGCACCAGCUGGAGGCGGCGCUGCUGGGGCUGGGGCAGUUCCACACGCAGCUGGCCGAGCUGCUGCAGUGGCUGAGCCGCACCGGGGAGCAGCUGCGCGGCCCCGCGCCCCUGCGGCCCGACCUGCAGAGCUGCGAGAUCGAGCUGGCCAAGCACAAGGUGCUGCGCACCGACGUGAUGUCGCACGCCCGCACGGUGCAGUCGGUGACCGAGGCUGGGCAGGGGCUGCUGCUCUCCAGCCUGGGCGAGAGCGUGGAGGGGCUGCAGCGCAGCCUGCAGCAGCUGGAGCAGCACUGGGAGCUGGUGCGCAGUGAGACCGAGAGCCGGCAGCUGGAGCUGGAGAACAACCUCAGCCAGGUGCAGGACAUCACGCUGGAGAUCACGGAGCUGCUGCAGUGGCUGGAGCAGGUGGAGCUGCAGCUCUUCUGCUCCAAGCCGGCCUGGGGCCACCCGGAUGCCACCAAAGAGAAGCUGAACGCACACCUGGAGCUGUGCCGGGAGCUGGAGGCGCGGGCCGGUUCCUACCGGGGGCUGCGGGAGCGGCUGCAGCGGCUGCUGGACUCGUGCCGCGCCGGCCGGCCCUGCAGCACCGAACACAGCCUGCGCCUGCUGGAGCAGAAGUGGGACAGCGUCCAGGCCGAGGCCCAGGAGAGGAAGGAGCGCCUGGCCGAGGGGCUGACGGUCAGCACCGAGUUCCACGGCUCGGCGCAGGAGCUGCUGCGCUGGGUGGCCCACGCCGAGGAGCUGCUGGGGUCCCCUGCGCCCCCCAGCUUCGUCCUGGACACCGUCACCGCGCAGAUCCAGGAGCACAAGGCCCUGGUGAAGGAGGCGAACGCGCACGGGGAGAAGCUGGGCGGCCUGGAGGCCGUGGCCGCGCGCCUCAAGGAUUUCAGUCGGAAGCAGGACGGGGCCGUCAUCCAGAACCUGGUGCUGGCAGCCCGGGAGAGGCUGGGCAAGGUCCUGCAGCGGGCAGCAGAGAGGGGAGCCGUGCUGGAGGAGGCCCGGAAACGCAGCAAGCAGUUCAGCGAGUCCCGGCGGCUGCUCCUGGACUGGAUGGACGAGGUGGAGCAGAGCCUGGAGGAGCCUCAGGACGCGGCCACCAGCCAGGAGGAGAUCAAGUGCCAGCUGGCUGAGCACAAGGCGUUCCAGAAGGUGCUGCGGGCCAAGCGCCCGGUGUACGAGGCCACGCUGCGGAGCGGGCGGGCGCUGCGGGAGGGGGCGCGGCUGCCCCAGGACCUGCAGCCGCUGGAGGAGCUGCUGGGGGAGCUGAAGGAGCGCUGGGACGCGCUGUGCAGCCACGCCGCGGAGAGGCAGCACAAGCUGGAGGAGAACCUGCUCAGGACCCAUCCAUUCCCAUAGCAGCCCUGCCCUCACUGUGUGGUGGCUCUGUGGUGACCCCAGGGGUGCCCACACUGCCCUGUGCCCGCAGGCAGCACAAGCUGGAUGAGAGCCUGUUCAGGAUCCAGCCCAGUCCAUAAUAGCCCUGCCAGGACCCUGUGGUGGUUCUGGGGUUCCUCUUUGGGGUACCCACACCGCCCUGUGCCCCCGGCAGGCAGCACAAGCUGGAGGAGAACCCGCACAGGACCCAUCCCUGUCCAUAAUGACAAUGCCACGACCCUGUGGUGGCUCUGGGGUGACCCCACAGGAUGCCCUCAGGUGCCCACGCUGCCCUGUGCCCCUGGCAGGCAGCACAAGCUGGAGGAGAACCUGCUCAGGAUCCAUCCCAGUCCAUAGUGGUCCCACCAGGACCCAUGCCAGCCCAUAAUGGCUGUGCCAGCUCUGUAUGGCGGCUCUGGGGUUCCUCUUUGGGGUGCCCCCGG